AUGCUAUAUGAAGAGGGAGAGACUCACGAUGGGCUUAGUAAGUGCCUUUUUUCAACGAUCUGGACGCCCAGCAACCCCUACCGCCACACCUCAUCCCACCGUCGAACCCGUGUAUGUGUCGCCAUCACAUUUGGACUUCUGAUGUUCGGACUAGGUGUCUCAGUUGGAGCAUUCCUUCACGCAGUCAUGUUUCCUGAUGGAUCCCCGUCCAUUCUUAGCCUCCCGUCUUUCUUAAAAUCUGAUGCUCCGAUGGAUGCUGACAACUCGACUCUGAUCAAUCUUCGAAUAGCUGGUGCCGAGCUAGGGAGUAGUGUUGAGCUGGAGGACACUACGGUGGGGAGUGAGGAAGAGGAGAUGGUAGAAGAGGGAGAUGAGGAGGAGGAUGAGGUUGAAGAAAAGUCAGAAGAAAGUGAGGAGGAAGAGGAGAAGAUCAAGAAGAAGAGAAGGGGGAAGAAGGAGAAGAAGGAGAAGGUCGUAGAGGAGGUAGAGGAAGAGGAAGAGCAUGAAGAAACUGAGGAGCAGGAAGAGGAGCAGAGUGGAGAAAAGUUUGUCAAGGCUAAUAAGGAGUGCACCAACAUCACGUGGUACUCCUCACGACUUCCGCGCACCGCUGAACCAAUCGACUACGACUUGACCCUCCACCCGAAUCUUACGAAUGGAGAGGUUGAGGCAUCGGUCUCUAUCAGAAUAUUGAUUAAAAACGACACAAAGCUGUUGAUAUUGAACGCUGAGAAUUUGGAGAUGAAGAGUUUUGAUAUUACGAAAAAGGGCGCCAAGGUGAAGGCGGAUUUUGUAAAAUGCGCGGUGAUGACUCAGUGGGCCUGGAAGCUUGCAAAACGACUGCAUAAAGGAGAUCAUAUCGUUCUAACAAUUUAUUAUAGUGCGCAGAUGAAAUCCGAUCUUCAAGGGCUAUACUUCAGCACACAUCUUGGAACGGACGGGAAGAAAACAAAAUCAGCAGCAACACAGUUUGAGCCAACAUUCGCCAGAAAGAUGUUGCCAUGUUUCGACGAGCCUAAUUUUAAGGCAACAUUCCAAGUGGCUAUUAUAAGAAACCCCCACCACAUCGCAAGAAGCAACAUGAACAUCCUCAUAUCGAAGGAGUACAAAAACGGACUUAUCAAGGAUGUAUUCGAGAAGUCUGUAAAAAUGUCAACGUACCUAUUAGCCGUGGCAGUUUUGGAUGGCUAUGGAUACAUCAAGAGGCUGACCAGAAAUACGCAGAAAGCUAUUGAAGUACGGCUUUAUGCUCCUCAGGAUAUGCUCACCGGGCAGUCGGAGUUCGGGCUGGACACUACGAUUCGCGCGCUGGAGUUUUUUGAAGACUAUUUUAAUAUCAGUUAUCCAUUGGACAAAAUUGACCUCCUUGCCCUUGACGACUUCAGCGAGGGCGCUAUGGAAAACUGGGGACUCGUCACAUUUCGUGACUCUGCUCUACUAUUUAACGAACGAAAGGCUAGCGUGGUGGCCAAGGAGCACAUCGCUCUUAUCAUAUGCCAUGAGAUUGCUCAUCAGUGGUUCGGCAACCUUGUGACGAUGGAUUGGUGGAAUGAGGUGUUCCUGAACGAGGGAUUCGCCAAUUAUAUGGAAUACAAGUGUGUAGAGCAUUUGUUCCCUGAUUGGAGUAUUAUGAGCAGAUUCUACGCGGAAAACCUGGCAUUCAGCCAGGAACCCGAUGGAUUCUUGAGCUCCCGAGCCAUCGAGUCGGAUGAUGAUGAUAGUUUGUUGAACCUCUUCGAUGCAAUCAACUAUCACAAGGCAGCGGCGAUAAUUCACAUGAUUGCUGAGAUGGCUGGUCAGAAGAACUUUCAGAAUGCAUUGGUCGAAUAUUUGAACAAGUAUGCCUAUAGUAAUGCGAUUGGAGUGGAUCUAUGGAAGAUCGUAGAGAAGCACGCCAACCUCCAAGGCACCGUGUCAAUCCCAGAUCUCGCAAAGGCCUACACCACCCAAGUCGGAUAUCCCCUGCUUACUGUAGAAAGGACGGAUGAGGGGGUUCUGGUGCAUAAUCAGACACGAUUCUUGUUUGCAGAGGGUGAUAAGGCAGAGGAGAAGCGUGGGGAUUGGAAAUGGCCAAUUCCGAUUAGUUAUAGAGAUUCCGAGCACCGACGGAAGAAGCAGCACUGGAUUCAAGCGGAUGAUAAGAAUGUUACCUGGGAGACCACCUCCAACGACUGGCUGAUCCUUAACACAGGUGGUGUUGGAUACUUCAAAGUUCUAUACGACCCGGAGACCUAUCGAAAGCUUGUGAAACAGCUGCAGAGGAACCAUACUACCAUAUCACCAAUUGAUCGAUCAAUGAUUCUCGUGGACUCAUUUGAUCUUUCCAAAACAUCACUUCUCAAUAUUAGUGUAUACUUUGACCUGCUAGAAUACGUAGAGAAAGAAACAGAUAAAAUGACAUGGUCAAUUGUUGGCAAACAAUUGCGAACCAUUGAGGCGUUAAUCGAGGAGUCGGACUAUUUGGACAUAUACCAAGAUUUUCAACGAAGCCUGAUUAUGAGGCUGUAUGAGAGCCUGGAUUGGGAUGAGCAGGGAGCAAAUCCUAAUCAGAAACGACUUCAGGUGGACAUUUUUGCGGUCGCUUGCCGCCUUCAAAUCAAAGACUGCACGAAACAAGCCUACCAACGAUAUUUACAAUGGGUUAGCAGUGGAGUCCGAAACCCCGAGCAUCAUAUGAUAGCCCUUAUGGAGGGUGUGAAGCAGGGUGAAACAACGGCCUGGGAGCGGAUAUGGAAGGCUUAUAAGACUGCAACAAGCCCAUCGGAGAAGAAUAAUAUUAUUGGGGCAUUGACGAGUACCAAGGAUGCUUCACUGAUUAACAGACUCCUCAAGUACUGCCUGGACGGGAAGAUCAAGGCGAACCUGAUUCCACGUGUGUUCUCCUACUUCUCACUAAACCAGUCUACAAGGAACAUUGUCUGGAAAUUUUUCAAAACGCAUUUUGAACAGUUUCAUGGAAUACUCGGGAAGGGAUCGUUGAUGGCCAGUUGUGUGAAGUGUCUCGCCGAGCCAUUGAGCACUGAAACCGAGUUGGAGGAGGUGAAGGAGUUCCUGAAGAGUCAGAAGUUCGCCGAAGACGGUCUCAUCAAAAUGGAGAUGACUUACGAGCAAAUCGAGCUGAACAUCCAAUGGCGAAAACUCAAUGAAGGCCAGCUGGGCAAGUGGAUCAGCAGAUGGGAUGAGCGUAGACGGACACUGUACAGACGGAAGAGGCAUCGCCAUCACCAUAAACCUUUGUCCGUAUUUUGAUCUACCGGAUAUAUCUCUUAUUUUCCAUUCGUUGAAGGUGCUUUGUAAAGAUUUUCAGUUGGUUUUUUGAUUUUUUGGUUUUUUUGCAGAUUUUAUGGUUUAUACAUAUAAAGAAAAUUUCGA